AUGAUCUCGAAGUACCAAUUCAUGGAAGUCAACACGCAGCGGCGGGCCCAAGGCCUGCGCGACAAGAUCCCCGACAUCAAGAAGACGUUGGAGAUGGUGCGGUUCCUGAAACUCAGAAGAGAAAGCGCCUCGGACAAGCCUCUCGAAACGAACUUCGAACUGAACGAUACGUUGUACGCAAGGGCGACGGUCUCCCCCGCCGACACGGAGGAAGUGUAUCUCUGGCUUGGCGCGAAUGUCAUGCUUGCGUACCCGAUUGAGGAGGCUGAGAGCAUGUUGGAUGACAAGUUGUCUGCUGCGGAGAAGAGUCUCGGGAACUGUGAGGAGGAUUUGGAAUUUUUGAGGGAGCAAAUUACGACGCUUGAGGUUGCGACGGCUCGGGUCUAUAAUUGGGAUGUGGUGCAGAGACGGAAAGAAAAGGCGGAGGGUAAAGGAGAUGAUGAAGGGGAGAAGGCCGCUUGA